AUGGCCGCCAACGGCAACAUGGCCGCCAACGGUAACAUGACCGCCAGCGGUAACAUGGCCGCUAACGGCAACAUGGCUGUCAACGGCAACAUGAUAACUAGCCAGUGCGUCGCCGCACACUGCAUCGCGCUGCCUCAUCGCAACCCACGCUAUUAUCCUGAGCAGGGCAGAUAUAGUGUGCCACUGCCACCGUCGACGACGAUGACGACGAUGACGAUGGCUAACGUAACGACGAUAACUACAUUAUAUCCGAGCGCCGACGUCGUGACGCAUUUCAUGACGCAGAACGCGAGCGUCGGCGGCGACGCUGCGUCGACGACCGCCGCGACGACGUCGGCGGGCGCGAGCGUGGCCCCCCCUCGCUACGAGCCGUGGCAGGUGGUGCUCAUCUCGCUUCUGCUCAUCUGUGUCAUUCUCUGUACGAUCAUCGGCAACGGACUCGUCGUGCUGGCGAUCUGCAUCGUACGCAAGCUGCGCACGCCCUACAACUACCUGCUCGUGUCGCUCGCCGUCGCCGACAUGAGCGUCGCCAUCUGCGUCAUGCCGCUGGCGCUGCUCUACGAGAUCCAGGGCGAGUGGGUGCUGUCUGAGACGAUCUGCGACAUGUGGACUUCGAGUGACGUGCUGCUCUGCACCGCCUCGAUACUCAACCUGUGCAUGAUCUGCGUCGACCGCUACUUCGCCAUCACGCGACCGCUGCAGUACUCCGCCAAGCGGACGCCGCGUCGCAUGCUGCUGCUCGUCGUCGUCGUCUGGCUGACGUCGGCUCUCAUCAGCAUCCCGCCGUUCUUCGGCUGGAAGGAGCCGCAGCCGCCCGGCCAGUGCGUCGUCAGUCAGAACAUCUGGUACCAGCUGUACGCGACGAUACUCGCCUUCUAUCUACCCUGCGCCGUCAUGCUCGUGCUCUACAUGAAGAUCUUCCUGGCGGCGCGGCGGAUAAGCAAGGAAGAGGCGAAGGCGUACCGAACGCUGUCCGUCUACAAGACGGAGGAGAGCAACGGCGACGUCGGCGUCGAGAAGAAGCGCGCGUCGUCGAAGCUCCGCGGCCAGCUCAGCAAGUUCCGCGAGCGCAUCAGCAUGCACCACGGCGGCAAGGGCAGCAAGGACUCGCACUUUGCGCGCGAGACGAAAGCGGCGAAGACGCUCGGCGUCAUCAUGGGCUGCUUUAUACUGUCAUGGCUGCCGUUCUUCCUGCUCGCCGUCAUCGGGCCGCUGUGUGGCGCGCGCUGCAGCAUACCGGACGGCAUCUAUAGUCUGUUCCUCUGGCUCGGAUACUCCAACUCGACGUGCAAUCCCGUCAUCUACGCGACGCUCAACAGGGAAUUCAGGAAGCCGUUCCAUGACUUGCUAUGUUUUAGGUGCGGCAGUAUGCAGGAUAGGCUGAGGCGAGAGCUUUAUGACGACAGGUACGGCGCGUCUGAAGUGCAGUCGAAACGCAUGAGCAUGCAGCUUCAGCAGCAGCAGCAGCAGCAUCUGCAGCAGCAGCAGCGGGAGGAGGAGGAGGAGGAGGAGCAUCACGAGCGGCUAGGAAGUCGCACGGACACGACGAUGCUGCAGCUGCGAGAACCGUCCCCACAGCGGCAGCCGGAUGAGCAAGAGUCCGACUCAACGCACAUAUAGGCGCCGCGCGCGUGCGUGCGUGCGUGCGUGCGUGCGUGCGCAUUAGUCCAGUAACGACAUAUCGCGCUUGUCGUGCAUGUCGGGGGUCAAACUCCCGUCGUUGCUAGGCCACGUCAGCCUCCCGUUGUUUCAGCAUGUAUCCAGGCGAUGUUAACCGUUGUUAUGGCACGUUGCUAAGCGGUGUGCACCUACCGUCGUUAUAACACGUUGUUAGGUGGUGUCAACCCUUCGUUGUUAUGACACGUUGCUGCUAGAUGAUGCACAUCACCGGAUGGUGCAACAUGUUGAUAACUGAUGCCAACUUCCCAUCGGCACAGUGCGUUGCUGGGCGAUAUCAACCUCUCGUGGUUACAGCACGUUGCCAAGUGAAUCGUUAAUCAGCCAUAUGCCAUUGUUUCGCACGUUGCUAGCCCAUGUCAACCUCUUGUUUAGCGGUUAGGCCAUGGACAUGCCCCGACAAUGCCUGUGCAACGUUUGAGAGAAGUACGCACUGGAUUGAUUCAAGGGCGAUUUUCCUAUAAGCAAUGCAAUAUCAUCCGGACGUGUUCCUCAGCCCCGUAUAGAGAACGACCUCCCCCCCCCAACCCCGCCCACUCAUUGUUACCAAGUAUGGGUGUUAGAUAAUUCAAAUGUAAAGAGUGUAACUCUAAAUAAAUGUGAUCGCCCGUUGUUUUGAAUAUUGAUCGUUGUUUGACGAAAAGUGAGAAAUUGUUGCGAAGUCGCAGCGUUGUAAUGACGUCGGCGCUCAUGUGCGUUUAAGAGAAUCCAUUGCGAAUUCCUUGUUGUUUGCACGUUCAAUAUAUAUUUGUUAUUGAGAAUCAUGUCUAGUUUUAUCCCCAUGUCACCGGGCGUUUAGAGAUAGAAGUCGAAUUAUGCGAGUGCGCGCGUGUGUGCAACAUUAAUAUAUAUAUUACCCAGCACUACAGUAAUACCCAACAGUCUUAACUA